AGACGCUGCGAUCAAUCUGAAACUUAAUACAAAGAACUACUUAUAAGUAAAAUAGAAGCACUUAGGUACUUACGAACUUAGGUAUUUAAUUUUUUUUCCUAAUCCCUAAUCCCUGCAACUGGAAUUAAGUUUGCGCUUCACAUACCUAAUAGGGUUGCCUGAUUGAACGAAUAAAAUAUCUAAAGAAACGUAAUCGCUGGGUUUGGUCUCCGGAGUCCGGGUCCAGACCCGGACCUCCAGUUGAUACAGUUAAUGCCCUACGCUGCAUACGUCAUAAUAUGGUUUGAGAAAUAGCAGUUUCUAUAGAAAAUGACUCUAUAAGUAUGUAGGUACCUCCGCAGUUUCUACGUGUUAUCACAAAAUCAAAAUUGACGUAAUCACCGUCUAGUCCUCUUCGCAUCAGAUACUAAUGUUACUUUGUAACGAAACUUAUGGCGAUAUAAAUUAAGAGUUGACCACCAGUCUUAUUCAACUAUCAAAGUCAGGUACAAUUUAAACACCCUUAAUAGAUUUAAAACAUAUGUUGGUUUACAGUUUAGCCUUUUAAACUUGCAGGUUUAAUAAACAUGUCCCUGGCAACAAUGGCAACCCUCCACGCGCCUAGCGACAAACGCGCGUUGCGACUAAUUAAUGCGAUUAUUGCGCCCGAGUGCCGCGGCGCUAAUUUGCGAAUUAUCGUUGCGACAAAGCGGGCUCUUAUUCGCGCUACUACUACUACACAGUACUUAUAUUAUAAGCAGUACUUUUACUUGCUAUCGCCGAAACUGUGUUAUAUUCAUAUUCAGCAAUCAGACUGAAACUUGACUCGCCGAGUCUUACAAACAUUCUUUGCAUUAUUAAGAGUGAGGUGUAGCAAGAACUUGCAUGCAAUUUACGAUACAUGCCUACUACCAAGGUAAACUGUAUUCAAGUCAGAUCAGAUAGGUACCGCAAUGUAAAGAAAAUUGCAUGCAAGUUCUUGCUUUUUUAAACCUCUCUUUAGGUUUUGCAAAAUAAAGUUAUUUUACAGUUUUGAAUUUGUUUCGUUGUUUUUAAAGGACAUAGGGACUUGGCAGCUAUGAAAUGUUUUAGAUUUUUUCUUUGUUUCUAUGUAGGUAGUUGAGCUUAAAUACCCAUAACUUGCCCACUCUGGAGGAGAGAAGCAGCAAAUCGGGCUGCUUGGAGAUUUGGAGAGGCGUAUGCCCAACAGUGGCCGCAUACUCGCUGAGGAAGAGAAGACCCAUAACUUUGAUUUAAAAAGCUACAUAAUAUACUCGUUGGUACCUACUUUAGAGUCUUUACAUAAUGUCGUAACUCAAGAUACUGCUAGCCGUUCCACUUUAUCACUGCCAUGUUUUGUCUAUCUAUUGCUCUUUGUUCGCAAUUAAGCUUUGCCGGUCCUGGCUUUAUUCCUAAACGCUGUGGAGGGUGUUUCCGUGUGAUGUUAAAUCUCGCAAAAGCCAAGAGCCUCUUUUUAGGACAACGAUAAUUUUGGAACCUAUAUAUUUCGGGGUUUAAAAAUUGAUACAUAAUUGAUCUGAAUCUCAUAAUAGAUGAGGGUGAAAUUACGUUUACUUAGGUAUCUUGUUUGAAAAUAACAAACUGUUUCUUACAGAGACUUUUUUUACAGAAGAGGUUCGAUAACUGCCUACAGUUGCUAUAUGACAUUUUAAGUCAUGUUAUGUCAUGUUAUUGACAAAUACUGUUGAACAUACACACAGAUAAUUUAUAAAAUAAGAUUUGCAGAUGAACAGAAACAUUAAUUGGCCUUCGAGCAAUAAUAUCCAUCAUGCAACAAGACGGGAACCCAGAUUCCUAACUAGUCAGAUAUGGAUGAACCAGUUGGAAAACGACAUGCAAGCGCACGGAGUGGAAAUCGUUGAGAUCAAUUCCGCAGAUUCUUCUCAAUCGUCGAGUGAAGGCAACGAAAAUCCUAAACAGCACCCGUGGAGUUAUGCUAGUAAGAUAAAUAGGGAGAAAAGUGAGGAGAACUCACUAGCCAGACCGAGAAACAUAAACGGUUUGGCAGAAAAUAACGGACUCCAUAACGAACUCGACGGUUCUCUUUACUUCAACAACUGUAGAACCCCAGAUACUGCGGAAAUUGAGGCAUUCAACCAAACAUGCUUCAAUAUACUCGACAAGCUUGCAGCGCUAAAAGUGGACAGUUCGCCUGAAGAUUUCGAUUCCGACGAGGCACCAGAUGGCGACAUGGACGCCCGGUGGAAUGGCAAAGACAACGAAGAACUCAUUUUUAGCUCCGACUUAGACCCGGACAAUCGCGCUAUAUGGAUUUAUUCGUUUAAUAACAGGCGGCUUCUAUCAGAGGACAGUUAUGAACUCGUCAACAUCCGCAGCCGUGAGACUAUCUCUUCCGAUAACUCCUCUGAAAUCGAUACAGAACUGAACACAAGCAAGACCUCUAGAGUGCCAAGCCCUAUUCCAGCUACGCAUAUUCCGAGGUUAGACCUCUCGCUCGGUGCCACUUUACCCAACGUAACAGAAGUGACCGAACCCAAAUCUUCGGAAUCUUUAAACCGAAAAUAUGUGCCUAUAAGACAGAAGCCGACUAACAACUGGUGUGUGGACAACUCGGAGAAGGCAACUGAGAAUAAUGUUACUAAUAUAGUUAACUGGAUGGCGCUUUCGCCGAGAGAAAAACGUCACUCGCGGCACAUUAAUGCCCAGAUACAACUACAAACGGUUGUUGAAGUUCCUCAAGACGAAGACAGAGUACAAGUUCCUGAAACUAAUGUUCCAGAUCCCGCUAUUUUCGAAGCGAAAUCAAAUCGCGAAGACAAGUUGGACAAAUCAGACGAAAUAAUCAUCAAGACACCUUCACAAAACGACUCCCAAAGGUCUUCGACUAGUUCGAAAAGGGAGCAGUUCGUAGAUAAUGCUACCUAUUUAAUUUCACCAUUUGUGCGACGUGGUGAUCUCAACCCAUUUACGGAAAAUGAAACUGAACCGACUCUGAAAAAUAAAGUUAGGAGUGCAUUAGAUGACCGCCAAAUUAAGAAGCGUGAUAUCACAGUCAGCCAAUCUUUGCAGUCUCCCGUAACAAAGCCAAUAGAAAAUCUCAAGAGCCACGACUUAAUCGCUGAGUAUGGACGAAAAGGUCGCCUAGAUCGAAGAGUAAAAAGCGCUGGAGAUACGUAUAUGAUAAAUAAUUUGUACUUACCCAAUCCUCAGGAAUGGAAAAGUUAUUUAUCUGUCCCUGCAACCAGACGGUCCAUAGAACAGGGACCAGAGGUUGAGGCCAACAACACGUUACUUCAAAGUUGCGUCAGCUGCUUUGGAUGUUGUAAAUAAAGGUAUAGUAAAAUUUUGUGUUUUUUGCCGAAAUCCAAAACUACAGAAGUUAUUAGUACGUAUCUCCAAUUUAAGCAAUCAGUUCCUUCCAAUCAUUUAAAUGCCCGGCAGACGCACUUUCGGCCAUUUG